AUGGCCAGGAAGCCGCAUCUUUUCUCGCCCUACCAGCAGAUCACGACCGACCAACAACAGUCGACGGCUAUUCUUACCAUGCCCGACGUCGAGAUGGCCGGGACUCGCGAACGAAGAGACGAAGAGGACGACAUCACCGAAUACCGUCCCUUGAACUGGAAGAAGAUCUUCCUGACGCCCAAGUAUAUUCCCUUGCAUCUGUUGGGUAUCGGCAUCCUCGUGGCCACUAUCCUUAUCAGUCUUCAUCAUGACGAAGUUGUCGCGACAUUGAGGCCAUUUUCCGAAAAGGUUCGAUCAUUACCGGGAGGCUUCCUGAUCCCGAUCCUCAUCUUGGUCCUGAUUUCGUUUCCGCCUCUUUUCGGCCACGAGAUCGUGGCGCUUCUGUGCGGUGUGGUGUACGGUCUGUGGAUCGGCUUCGCCAUCGUUGCCGCCGGUACCUUUAUCGGAGAGAUCGGAACGUGGUUUGCGUUCAAGUACACGCUGCGACGGAAGGCCCAUAAGCUGGAGAGGACAAAUCUCAACUACGGCUCUUUGGCGCGGUUGACCCGUGACGGAGGUUUCUUGAUUGUGUUUAUCAUUCGGCUUUCCGUCAUCCCGUCGCAUUUUUCGACUGCCGUGUUCUCGACGUGCGAUGUCAAGUUCUGGUACUUUGCGGUGUCGACGUUUUUGACACUGCCGAAACAGAUCAUUCUGGUGUACCUUGGUGUCCUCCUUGUUGCGAAGCAGGAGAACAGUACAAUCAAGACUGUCGUCUUCGUCGCCACGGGCGUCUUGACCGUCGCCCUAGCGGUGUACAUAUACAUCAAGAUGCGGAGCAUCAAGAAGAUUUUGCUGCGGGAGCAAAGCGAGAGAAAGGCGCAGCGAGAGUUGUUGGAGCAACAGAAGGCGGAGCUGGAGAUCACCGAGACGGAGAUGGAGGAUCUCCAGCCCGUCGUUACAAGAACAGACAGACCAGGAUACCCGCAAUGGAUUUGA